AUGGCAAACGAGUCUCCCAUCCGCUUCGCCUUCGCCUUUGGCAUGGCCUCCGGGCACAUCAACCCUUCCCUGCCGAUUGCUCGGGCUCUGGUCAAGCUGGGACACGAGGUGCACUACCUAUCCCGAGAGCAGAUGCGGGCGCCCAUCGAGGACACCGGGGCGCAUUUCACCAAUGAGCUGGAAGAGUGCCCUGAGCUUUACGAAGGCCGGAAGGAAGACCUCUUUGGUGCCACGGAGGCCCUCAAGCUGGAGCACGGCCUGGAGGAGGAUCCAAUGAUGCUCUCCUGGGUCAAGUUGGCCCCAAUCUCCCUGGAGCUGGGCUUGCCAGGGGUUCUGCGCUGGAUGCAACGGCUGCAGCCGCAAGUCCUGGUCUUCUGUCCUAUGCUCAACAGGGAUGCCUUCUUCGCAGCCAAGAUUUUGGGCAUUCCCCGCGUCCCGCUUCUCACCACGGCCGGCCCAGGCAGCAUGGUCUCUGUGAUCAAUCAGUUCCUGUCCUGGUCAGGGCUGUCGAUGCCAGAGAUCAUCGAACGCGCUCGGAAGUUCCCCGCCUCUGCCGAAGCCAUCCGACGUCUGGCGGACAUGGGCGUUAACUACGAGGCUGAGCUGGAGCUCAGUGCCAAGAGCCCUGGUGCAAUCGGCUGCAUGGUGCACAGCCCAAUAACCAUCGUGACCACCUGUGAGGACAUGCAAGACCCGGUGCCGCCCGAACUGGAUGCAGUCUAUUCCUCGCAAGGCGCGAAAUUUGUCUACGUCGGACCGCUCCUGGACCAGCCGGGUGCCCGACGGGCCGCCGGCCACAAGUUCGCGCAGUUCGCGCACUCCGACUCCAGCGCAGAGAAGGCACGAGAUUCGCCAAAAGAUGUUUUGGAGGAGCUGCGUGAUGCCCGGGAUGCCGGUCGAUUGAUCGUGCUGGCCAGCAUGGGGACCGUGAUCACCGGAGACAGUCCCGACUUCGGCUGGGCUGUGAAGCCUGUGGAGUCACAGAGACAGGGACUCACGGGCAAGCAGUUGUGCCAGGCGGCUUGGAGUGGUGUCUUCGAUGCUUUCGGCGCCAAAGAAGGAGACCUUCUGGAGAAGACCCCGUUGAUCUUGGUGUCAGUGGGCCCACAGAAAGAUGCACUCGACAGCCUGAAGGUGCCUUCGAAUGCGAUCUGCAAGCCAGUCUUGCCACAGGUUGACCUUCUCAGAGCUGGCGUGGACAUCUUCUUGACACAUGGGGGUCAGAACAGCUUCAUGGAGUCCCUUGCGGCGGGAGUCCCGGUCGUGGUGUGUCCGGGCUUCGCAGACCAGCCCGCAAACGCCCAGAAGGCUGCGGAGCUCCAAGUCGGGCUGCAGGUGACCCGGCCUGUCCCAGCCGAGGGCGAGGAGGAUGCUGCCGCAGCUUCUUACACCACCUCCGUAGCGGAGGCCCUGCGCCGGGUAAAGCAGGAGCCGGUCUUCCGCACAGCAGCCGCCGAGUGCGGCCGAAAGAUCACCGAGGCCGGGGGUGUCCAAAGGACCGUGGACAUCCUCCUCGAGACUGGAAGGGAGAGGUGGAAGCCCAAUGACCGGGGAGGCGUUGACUACAAUGUGGACUCAGCUGUGACAGGGCCCGGCAGCGUGAACUUUGCUACGGUGACGGAGAAGUUCACCUUGAGCUCGAACACCUUCGCCUUGUACAACUGCAUGAACGUCAUGCGCUACACCAUCGAGGAGACCAUCGUGAAGGUGGCGCACAUGGCUCCGGCGGCCCAGUCCACGGCCUCGGACCACGACCUGGGCGAGACGGCUCCGGCGGUCUUCUACCAGUAUCUCAUCAAGCAUGCGAACGGUUCUCUGAUGGCACAGACCUCUCAGUACCGUUUGCCGGAAACAGACAUCAACUUCACGUCCUUCAUUCCCGGCAGCUUGCAGACAGAUGUCUUCGCGAUGGCGAAGCGUCAGGGGCGCUGGGAGGGCACCGGAUGGCGCGAUUGCCGCACUCCUCAGAAGGGUUGGAACAUUUCCUUCCCUGAGAAGAAGGGGGACAAUUUGGUUGCCAUUGCCACAGUGCAGGAUUUGCAAGUAGCUGCCUUGACAGUCUUGACCUUGCUCGCAUGGCGGGAAGAGACAGUCGGCUCAGACGGAUUUGAGCAUGCAGGCCAGUUCUCCAUGUACUGGUCGCUGGUGAGCCCUUCGCGCUACAAGAUGCCACGGCUGAUGGCAAAGGUCGAGGGUCGUGGGAAUGGUAUCAAGACCUGCAUUGUGAACAUGGGAGAGGUUGCCCGCGCAAUCAAGCGACCGCCGCAGUACGUGACAAAGUUCUUUGGCAACGACUUGGGAGCUCAAUCAACCUACACGAACAAGGAAGGAGAGGGGGAGCGAUCCAUCGUUCGUGGGGCACAUCAGGUGGAGGACUUGCGGACUUCACUGGAUAAGUUCAUCGAGAAGUACGUCUGCUGUGAGAACUGCCAUCUUCCCGAGAUUGAUAUGUUCAUCAAGAAGGGCAUCAUCCAGGGUCGAUGCAACGCCUGUGGCUGGCAGGGUGAACUUGACAAUGUGGACAAGCUGGCGGCUUUUAUCCUCAAGAAUCCUCCUGACGAGUCUGGCCAUGGCUUGAGCACCAUGGAAGCUAACGUCAAGCGCAGCAAGAAGCCCAAGGGUGGCAAAGAGGACAAGAAUGCUGACGACGACGAUGAGGAUGAUGACGACUCUGGCAGCGCUAAGGAGAAGAAGGAAAAGAAGGAGAAAAAGGAGAAGAAAGAGAAGAAGGAGAAAAAGAAGAAGGAAGCCGACGACAGCGACGAAGAUGACGAGAAGGAGAAAAAGGAAAAGAAGGAGAAAAAGGAAAAAAAGGAAAAAAAGGAGAAGAAGGAGAAAGACAAGGACAAGGAGAAAAAAGAGAAGAAGGAUAAGAAGGAGAAGAAAGAGAAAAAGGACAAAAAGGAGAAGAAGGACAAGGAGGAGGCUCCGGAGGACGACGAAGACUCCGACAAGGACGUCCAGAAUCUCACGCAUGACGACGAGCAGACCAAGUCUGUAAUCGUCGUUCUGAAGGAGUUCGUGGACAGCAAAGGUGGCAAGCCCAGCAAGGCCGACUUCUUCGAAGAGCUGCGCAUGCAGCAAUUGGCAAAGGUGUUUGACAACAAGGUGCGCUUGUUCAUCGCCUUCGAGGUGCUAUGUGGCAACUCCAUGGAUGCCAAGGCGCUCAGUGGAGUCAGCGAGUUGAUUGACAAAGUCAUCAGCAGCCCGAAGUUGCCAGCUCGUGAUGUUCUCUGGGCUCUGGAUGCCUACCUCCAGGUGAACCCCGGAGUUUCAAAGGGCUUCGCCAUGAUGCUCAAGGUCGCCUACGAUGAGGACUGGGCGGAGGAGAAGGAGAUCCUCUCGUACUACCAGGAGGACGAGGGAGUCGGGGAGCCAGGUUUUGAUGAGGCCAAGAAGUUGGCAGCACCAUUCCUGACGUGGUUGGAGAAGGUCGAUUCUGAGGAGGAUGACGACGAUGAUGAUGAUGAUGACGAGGACGACGACUAA